AUGAAAAGCAAACAUAAAGAUGCUGAGGUUUCUGCAAGGAUUAGAAACAUAGAGGCAGAUAAACAUUUAAUUAUGAAUCACCAGUCAGGUAGAUAUACUUCGCCAACGUCACCGAGCCCAACAUUAAGAAAUUCGCUGGCAGAACUCUCAAGGCUCACUGAUAAUCCGUUCCUUGAAGAGGAGAGUGAAACGGAUGGCGUUAUAGCAAUUGAUGAUAUCCCAUCAUCGCAAAAGAAGGAGGUUUACUUAUCGAGUCACACGAUUAAAGAAAUGUCAGCUUUUGUUGAUGAAAUGGAAACGCUUCUACGAAUACAAGAGAUCUUUUACGAAUCAUUUAAUAUUUUAUAUGCUAAACUCUGUACUCCAAGUCAGCCAUCAAACAAAGUGACACUCAAAAAGGACACCGAAGUUUAG